AUGGAUGCUUCCAAGACUCCGCCACCUGCCUCAGACCUCUCAACGUCACCGCGCUCCAUACCUGACAGCCCACCCAAAACAAGGAGCCAUAUUGCACUGCCGCCGCGGUCUGGAUAUUCUCUCAGUGAUGAUUCUGACAGUGUUCGUUCAGAAGGCGAUGGAUCUACAGGCUCUGGUGUGAGCAGUACAGACUCUAGCUCUGACAAUGAGGGAGAUUCCGUUUUUGACGAAGAAGAGGAAGAUAUGGAGGAGAGCCAAGCUCGCAUCCGACAUUGGCAGAUGGCUCGAAACAUACACCGCAUGCAAGAAUCUUCAUCUGAUUCACGCGAGUCUCUUCCAAAUAACUUUGAAAGCUAUGAGGAUACAAGCAACGAUGCCGAUGCAGAGGACGAAAGAGAUGACCGCACGCGCCAAGUCGUGACGAGUCAAGGCUUUGAAGCAGAGGACGAGAAUAUGGAUGGUUCACAAGAAGCACCAGAGGAAUCCGUUGAAGAUUCCUUGGAUGACGGGUUGAGCACUUUGGAGCAACUCAAAGACGAUAACCGCGGCGUGUUGGAUUCGACAGACGAGGAAAUUAUGCCACGGCCACGCCUAUCGGUGUCAGCGUUUACGCCGCUUCUCAAGCAAUACGAUGAGGUUGUUGACCGUGACACGGCUCCUUCGGACGAGAUAGAAGAAGUCCGGAAAGCGGAUCUUGUUGAGCAAGGUACCGCUCGUGAGAAAAGUGUUCCACUGAUUCCCUAUGACUUUGGACGUGAUGCCCGGGCUACCGUGUUGGAUGAGUUAUUUGAGAACGUUGCGAUCGCGAUCUCGCGGGUAGAAGAGCAUUCUGACGAUCAUGGCUCGCAUUUCGGAAGCGCAGAGCGAGCUUCCUUUGACGAAGAAUCAGCUCAAGGCCGGAUGAUGUCUGUCAACCUUCUUGCUGCCAUAACCGUGGAAGGUGGUUUUUCAUCGCAACAGCUUGUUGAGCGAGUGGUGCCGCAGAUUACAAGCUGGCCUCUGGAUCCUGCCUUUUAUGUCCGGAAAGAGGUCGCUGCUGCUAUCGGCAUUAUAGGUAAGGCCCUGGCGAGCGGUGUUUCUGAGUCUUUUGAUCUCAGCAAGACGGAUGCACCACUUCGACUGCUCGAAGCCAUCAAUCGGGUACUGCUGGAUCAUGUCUGGCAGGUACGACAGGCAGCUUGUUAUUCGCUACCAGGUGUGUUUGCUACUCAGCCGGCCGAUGAGGUGCGACGUAAGAACCUUGUGAUAAUCAUGCAAGCCCUAAAGCAAGACGUUUCGCCUAAUGUCCAGCUCGCUGCUUUUGAGAUGAUCGGUGAAAUUAUAUAUCUGUUUCACGGCGAGGAAAAGGGCGUGCCGGAGGAACUGGUGCGACUCUUUAUGGGUCAGCCAAUGCACGGAGCCGAGGCUUCCAAUGCGGACGAAAUGCUGAACAAUUUGGACUAUGCACUGAUUGUUGCAUUCAAUUUCCCUGCUGUGAUAUUAACAAUGGGAGCGGAUCAUUGGCCUUUGCUGCGUGAACUUUACUUGCGUCUUACCAAUCAUGUAUAUGACAAUAUUCGCAAUUCACUGGCGGCUUCAUUGCAUGAGAUUGCUCGACUUAUUGGCUCCGAGGCUUCUUGCAUCGACCUGCUCCCUGUGGCCCAACGCUUUCUGCAAGAUCCCUGCGUGGACGUUACAGCAACACUUCUUGAGCAUUUCGAUCAGUUCUUGUUGAUGCUCCCUGCUUCUAUCGCUAAAGAACAGUUGCGGCAGAUACCCUCGCUAUGGAUGACCUCCUUUACACAGGAUUGGCGUUUGAGGCAAACGAUGGCUUCGCAUAUCCCCUCGUUGGUGCCUGAACUUCUGCUGGUGGAUGAGGAUGGAUCGCUGGUUACGUUGCUUUUGUUGGCGCUGAAUGAUUCUGUGAAUGCUUUACGCGAGAUUGGUAUUGCUGCGGUGCCGUCUAUGUACGCCACGUUCCAAGCACAUGAUGAGACCAUUGCGGAUGGUUUCCUGUCCAUGCUGACUGACUUAGCGCGUGCUCCGGCCUACCGCCAACGGGUCACUUUUGUACAGAUCCUUGUCAAGCUUUUGGGUGAGAAUCUCAGAAAGGAUCGCUUGGAAGAGCUUAUCUUCCCCAUUCUCCUCGAACUUGCCACUGACAGAGUGCUGGACGUUCGGCUGGCCUUGUCGCGGCUGGUGCAGUCUAUGUGGAAGAAGGUUGACCCGGAAUCCGUUAAUCCUCCCUUUGCAUUGAAUCAAAUAACAGCUACCUUGGCUCAGGACACUUCUACUGCUAUUCGAGAACCUAUUCUUGCUCUGCAUUUGCCUAUAAGCUCUGCAAAUGCUCUACCCGCACGUGAGCCCCAAUCCACUACGCUAGAAUUUGGCCCUGCUCGCCCUCUGCUGGACUCCACUAGCAUACCCUGGCGCAGCGCCGACGACAACCUGGAUACGCGUGCCGACAAAGUGGAUGAGAGUUUGCAGGGCCAAAAUAGUUCAGCUUCCAUCCGAAUGGACGAAGAUAGCAUGUAA